GUUGUCUGCUGUUACUAUGGAUACUGUCAUUUCGAAAUGAUUAAAGCAGUGGCUCCGCCCCUCAGCUGUGACGUAUAUCACACAACCCGGAAACGAGGGAUUACCGUCGUCUGGCUGUUUACCCCGGAGCUUUGGAGUUUCUCUCUUAAAAUAAGUUAACAGAGUUAGUUUCAGUUAGUUUGAGCCGCUGUUGUUGAGCAGCUUGAACUUCAGUUGUUGAUGUUCCAGAGAGCAGAGUGAAGACAUCCAGCUAGCUGAGCUACUGUGUCUCAAAGCUCUCCCAUGUAAACCGUUGGAGCUGAGAGGAGAAGGUUUGGCAGUUUCUCUGUGAUGAUGGACAGUUAGUCAGUCCUGUCACUACUCCAAUGGAAGCUCCAGUCACAGCUGCCCCAUCUCCCAACUCCUCCACCGCACCGGUCCCGGUCCCGGUCCCAGUCCCGGUCCCACUGCUUCCGGCCGUCGCCCCAUCGGUCGAGCUCGGCUUCACCAUCCUUUACACCACUCUGUACGCCGGACUGUUCCUGGUGGUGUACGUACAGCUCUGGCUCCUCUACCUCUACAGACACAAACGAUGGAGCUACCAGAGUGUCUUUCUGUUCCUCUGCCUGCUGUGGGCUGCCCUCCGCACCACCCUGUUCUCCUUUUACUUCUGUAACGCCCUGGAGGCCAACCACCUACCUGUUGCAGUCUACUGGAUGCUCUACUGCUUCCCUGUCUGUCUGCAGUUCUUCACUCUCAGCCUUAUUAACCUGUAUUUCACUCAGGUGUUGCUCAAAGUGAGAGAGACUUAUAGCUCAGAUGUGCAGAAAGGAGUGUGGCUGGCACGGUGCAUGUACGGCGCACUGAGCGCCGUCUUUCUCUGCAUCAACGUGGUUUGUGCGGCUUUCGCGGACAGAGGCCCGGGGUCAAGGGAGCGGACCUGGGAUCUGGUCCUGGUUCGCGUCCUAGUCAACGACUCGCUCUUCAUCCUGGACGCGGUGUUACUGGCCGCCUUGAUGCUGCUCCUGACCAGACACUCACGCUCCACAAGCCCCUACCUGAUCAGCAAGGGGACCACAGUGUGCCGGACAGCAACACUGGGAGCAGCAGUGAUCUUGUUGUGUGCCAGUCGAGCCUGCUACAACCUGACGGUGCUCAUUCUGUCCCAGAACCACCGAGUGGAGUCAUUCAACUUCGACUGGUACAACGUCUCUGACCAGGCUGACUUGCGUAGUGAACUGGGUGACCGGGGCUACAUGGCGUUUGGCGCCAUCCUCUUCAUAUGGGAGCUGCUCCCGACCAGUCUGCUCAUCCUCAUCUUCAGAGUUCGCCGGCCCGCUCAAGAGACCAGCAGCAUGGCGGUCAACAACAGGGUCCUACCUCGGCCAUAUUUCUUUGAUGACCCUCAAGGCAGCGACGAGGACGCACCUGUUCCAUGGGAACGCAGCUCAUAUCCACACACAAGCUGGUACGGAUCAGAGACCGCUCCUCUCCUGUUCGCCAGCAAGCCUCCAGACGAGAGCCACCAGCACCACUCGUUCUACUCCACCCCCCAGAACUGACCCCGACGUCUCUCCGCUAUCGGGGUCGAUGUUUUUACACUGGAAACCUCAGGAAUUCAUCAACAAACAGUGAAUAUGCACUUUGUAGUUUUUUGAACAUGGAGAAGGUAUUGACAAUGUUUUAAAAGGGAACAAACUUGGUGGGAGAAGCCCCGACGGACGGCAACGGCCAAAUAAUUGUGCUCAGUGAUCUCUUUAUGAAGGAUGUCACAAUGUGUUAGCUUAUUUAAAUGAGUUUUUGUCCUAUUGUUGAUGAAACAAGGUAAACUAGCUCGUACAAUUCCUAAAAAUUGCACAUGUAGCUUCAUUAGCAUUCCCUAUGAAAUUAAUGCACAUAAUGUAGUUCAUAAGCUAACAACCACUGACCAUACUAAUUUGCGAUUUUGUGAAGAAGAUAACUUUUCUCUGACACUGUGUCAAGUGUGAAAUGAACUGACAUACAAAUUAUCAACGGGUAUUUUUUGGCCUUCUUUUGUCUUUUGAGACUGUUAAUAAGUAAUUCCACACCAGCAGGUUGUCUCUCUUCUAAUGUGGGACCGACACAUUACUGCAGAUAGUCACAUUGCUGAAUUGUUUUCUUUAGGGCCGGUGGUCUGCUAUUUUUUGCAAAGAGUUUCAUCAUUUUAAUUGUAAAAGUUGAUUUUGAUUUCUUAUUCCCUUCCUGUAUCAAUUGUAUUUUGAUGGAAGUUUAACUUAUUUUAUAACAAAGGUUCUCUCUUUUAAUUGUAGCUAAAAAUCAAAUGUUAUUCUCCUUUAUGUCUCUACUGGAAUGAGGCUUCCUCAUAGCGAAUCACUCACGUGUGACUCUGCUUUUAUACCACAUGAUUGAUAUUUACUGUGUAAACAACACACCAAUAAAAACAAUCUAAAUGAGUUUGUUGAGUCUGUUGCUAAGCAGAAAACGUA